AUGGAGUCGAGGCAUCCGAAGACGUUCGACACAAUCGCCAUGGACGGGGAGUUGAAGAGGAGAAUUGUGGAUGAUCUGGAGAGGUUUGUGGCGAGGAGGGAUUUCUACAAGAAGAAUGGGGAUCCUUGGAAGAGGGGUUACUUGCUGUACGGGCCACCUGGAACUGGGAAAUCGAGUGUUGUUGCUGCCAUGUCCAAUCACUUGAAGUUCAACCUCUAUGUUAUGGAGCUGGGCAACAUUCGCUCUGAUUAUGAGCUGGGGCAUGCCCUGCUCUCGAUCCAGAACAAAUCGAUCGUUGUUUUCGAGGAUAUCGACUGCUACCGUGAACUCCAUGCCAGAUCAGAAUUGAAUGGCGACGAUGAAUCAACUCAUCAGAAUGGCCGCACCAAUGAUGGUAGUCAUCUCAAGCUUAAGAACCCUGCAGCCAAGGUAAUGAAGCUCAAAUCUUUUCUACUUCAGUUUGUGGAGUUUUUCUAG